AUACACACACACACACACACACACAGGCUCGCCCCUGCAGUCUCUUUAUCUCCUGCUGAAAUGCUCCCGGCGCUCCUCACACAUCCACUCCGUCUGGACUUCAGAUCCGGUCGGUUCUCAUGCUCCUCCGGCCUCAGCGCGGAUAAAAACCCGGAUUUAAAGGCGGCGGCGGCUCACACACUCAGCAUGGCUCAGAAAGCGGCUCUGAUCGUCUUCGCCCACCAGAAUCCGGCUUCGUUCAACGCGGCGCUGCGGGACGCGGCGGUCCAGGAGCUGUCGGCUCAGGGCUUCCGGGUCACCGUGUCUGACCUUUACGCCAUGAACUUCAGAGCCAGCGCCACGCAGGACGACAUCAUCGGCGACCUGAAGAACCCGGAUCACUUCCAGUACGGCGAUGAGACGAUGCGGGCCUGGACGGAGGGCCGCCUGAGCGAUGACAUCACCACCGAGCAGCGCAAGCUGCAGGAGGCGCAGCUGAUCAUCUUCCAGUUUCCUCUGUACUGGUUCAGCGUCCCGGCCGUCCUGAAGGGUUGGUUCGACCGCGUCCUCACUCAGGGGUUCGCCUUCAGCCUGCAGAAAAUCUACAGCAAGGGCGUUUUCAAGGACAAGAAGGCUCUGCUGUCGUUCACCACCGGAGCUCCAGAGUCCAUGUUUCAGUCUGACGGCAUCGACGGAGACAUAAACGUCACGCUGUGGCCGCUGCAGAACGGGAUUCUGAACUUCUGUGGGUUUCAGGUUCUGGCUCCUCAGAUCUUCUGGGAUCCGGCUCACUGUCCCGCCGCCGUUCGCGCCCAGAUGCUGGAGGGAUGGCGCGCUCGCCUGAGGGGCCUGCUGACGGAGAGACCUUUGACCUUUGCCCCCCGUGAGCUCUUUGACCUCAGUUUCCAGGGGGGGUUCAGGCUGCGGCCCGAAGUGAAGGAGGAGCAGAAGGCGCAGCCGUUCGGCCUCUCCACCGGGCAUCACCUCGGAAAGCCGCUGCCGCCAGACGACCAGACCAGAGCGCCAUCUGCAGGCGGAAACAGGAAAUAGCAGCUCAUCUUUGUCUCCAUCACUUCCUGCAGAUUUC